ACGAACGAGUGCACACGCCUCAACGAUUAAUCUCUGUUUACCAAUGACUGAUUUAUAAAUCACUUCUUGACACAUUAACUUUCAGGCAUUGAGUGAUAUAAGCCAGCAAUCACUCACAAGGAUGAUAAAGAUCAGUGGGAGCGUGGCGGCGUGUCUGCUGCUGGCGACGACGGCAGCUCUGGCCGCUGACGACUGGUCCUGGGGGGCUGACACCUCCUCGGGCACUUCAGCGUCUGGUCGAACCCUUCCCGACACCGUCAAGGUGCCCCAGUCACUCCCUCUUGAGCCUCACUCUCAGCAGAGUGUCCCUAGCCAGGAGACAACUGAGGAGGACCGUCAACCAAGGUUCCUGGGACUCGGUCACAAGCUUUGCUCCAUCGGGAUCGGUGUUGAUUGUAACAAGAAGGCUCCCCAUCUUGGCCCCAACAUUAUUCCCGUCAGCACUUACUCCAGUGUUCCAGUGGCAGGACCUUUCCCAGUCCCGGGAUCAUUCUCUGGGGUUCGUCCCUUCAUGGUGCCUCCACAACUUGUUCCGGGACACCAUACUCCCCACCGCCAGUCACCACAACAAGCUGUGGUCGAACAUCAUCACUCUCACACUCACAUUCACCAAAUCGGCGCAGGACGUCCUAAUGUUAUUUCUGGUUCAGUAAACCCUGGUGAAUUCCAGUCCUCUUUUCUCGAUCAAAAUACGCUCUACCGGCCUGAGAUUUCCGCUUACCGCGAGGAGUGUCAGUGUGUGCACGCCUCGUACUGCCAGUCGUACGAUGUCGUGGGUCGAAACAGUCCCGGAGAUAUCAGGGACCUCAUUGAUGCCCGUAACCAAGGCUCAGAUAUUCUGUCAAAUGCGACAGAUGUCGAAGAUGGUGUAACGAGCACAGUGGCUCCCGAAGAUGUCACCAACCAGAGCUCUGCUCGUCAGGGAAAAGAUUUAUCGCUUACUGACUCGCACAAUGAAACUCGCUUCAGGAGGGACACUCUUGACCACAUUGAUGCACCACAAAACGCCACCUUCGACGUUCAAGGCAGGACAUUGUCAUACUUUCCGGGUCAGGUAGGCUGUGGUGCAGCCUACGUCUGUUGUCGCAACCCACAACUUCCUCCCCCACCACCCAAGUACACGUGUGGCCGCAGCGACUCCAGAGGUGUCCUAGCACGCGUCAAGACGCCACAUUACGUGAAGGGCGACACAGAGUUCGGGGAAUAUCCCUGGCACGUGGCUAUUCUCAAGCAUGACGAUGAGUACGUGUGUGGCGGAGCUCUGAUCGACGAGCGACACGUCCUCACCGCCGCCCACUGCAUUGACGGACUCAACCCGCAAUACCUGAAGCUCCGACUGGGCGAGUGGGACGUCAGUGGACCUAUCGAGUUCUAUAGUCACGUGGAAUUAAAGGCCGAGUAUGUGGUCGUCCACCCAGAGUACUACGCAGGUAAUCUUCGCAAUGACAUCGCAGUCAUCAGGAUGCAAGGCUACGUUGACUUUCCAUCCAACCCGCACAUCUCGCCCGUGUGUCUGCCAGACGCCUACAGCAGCUUCGUGGGUCAGCGCUGCUACUCUACCGGCUGGGGGAAGGACGCCUUCGGCGGUACCGGCAGGUACCAGAGCGUGCUGCAGGAGGUGGAGUUGCCCGUGGUUGAUUACCACCAGUGCCAGGAGGCCCUGAGACACACUCGCCUGGGACCCAGCUUCACCCUCCACCAGGGCAUGCUGUGUGCUGGCGGCGAGGAAGGUCGCGACACCUGCAAGGGUGAUGGAGGCGGGCCCCUAGUGUGCCCGGGUCCUGAGGGCAGGUUCUACCUUGCUGGUCUGGUGUCGUGGGGAGUGAGCUGUGCCCUGAACGGCAUCCCCGGGGUCUACGUCGACGUGGUCACUUACCUGACAUGGCUCCACGCCAUCACAUCAGCACCAUUCUGUCGUUUAGUCAGUUUCACCAAAUUAUUGGAAAAGACAGGACGAACACGAAAUAGAAUAAACUCCAGCGGCAUUGGAAGCAGGAGUAGCCGUGUGAACCAGAUUACUACGAAGAGUGUUAGUGUGUCGACAGGUGACUUCGAUAGCAAGAGGACGAAGGGUAUUAGUGGGAGCGUGGCGGCGUGUCUGCUGCUGGCGACGACGGCAGCUCUGGCCGCUGACGACUGGUCCUGGGGGGCUGACACCUCCUCGGGCACUUCAGCGUCUGGUCGAACCCGGCCCGACGCCUCCCGGGUUACUCUGCGACCAAGUCCUCCUCUGGUCGCCUCCAAUCAGGAAUCCCCAGCGGACCGUCACCCAAGGCUUCUGGGGCUCCAGAAUGUGCUGUGCUCUAUGGGAAUCGGCUUAAGUUGCAUCAAAAGAGUUCCUUCACUCAACUCCUACAAUAACCCUACCAUCAGGGACCCCAGACAGCAGACUCUGUACCCAUACUCGCUGUCUCACGUGCCUCUGACCGUUGUCGAAGAUCACUACAGCCUCACCCAUGUGCACCAUGGCCAGGGUGUCGUGGGAGACCCUGCUACCUAUCCAGGCUUGAUAAGUGGUGAUUUCCAGCAUCCUUCUCCAGGUCAAGUACCACAACUCUUAUCUAGCUACCAGAGCUGCAAGUGUGUACACGCCUCCUACUGCGCCUCCUAUGAUGUUGUGGCCCGCAGGAAUACCGGGGACGGCGGUGACCUCAUCGACGCCCGAAGUCUCAGCUCAGACAUCCUCUCUAAUGCAACAGACACCACCAAAGAAAAUAAAAGUACAACUGCCGCACCCAAAGAUGUUACCUCCCCAAGCACUGGCCGUCAGGAGAGGGUUCUGUCUUUUACCAACACAGGCAAUGACACUCGCGUCAGGAGGGACACACCUGAUCAUGCACCUUCUAACUCUACUUUCGACGCUGAAGGACGAGCAUUAUUUUACAACCCGGGGAUGUUUGGUUGUGGUCCGAGGUAUGUGUGCUGCCGCCGCCCUCGGCUCCCAACCCCUUCCCGGAGGUUCACCUGUGGUCGCCGCCACUCCAGCGGUGCCGUCCCUCGCAUCAAGACGCCACAGUACGUGAAGGGCGACACAGAGUUCGGGGAAUAUCCCUGGCACGUGGCUAUCCUACAGCGCCAGGAUGAGUACGUGUGUGGCGGAGCCCUGAUCGACGAGCGACACGUCCUCACCGCCGCCCACUGUGUUGACGGAGUGACUCCUCAUUACCUGAAGGUCCGCCUGGGUGAGUGGGACGUGCAUGGUCACACAGAAUUCUACGACCAUGUGGAGAUGCGCGCACAGUUCGUGGUCGUCCACCCCGACUACUACGCUGGCAACCUUGGCAACGACAUCGCCGUCAUCAGGAUGCACCGCUAUGUGGACUUCUCAACUAACCCACACAUCUCGCCCGUGUGUCUGCCAGACGCCUACAGCAGCUUCGUGGGUCAGCGCUGCUACUCUACCGGCUGGGGGAAGGACGCCUUCGGUAGUACCGGCAAGUACCAGAGCGUGCUGCAAGAGGUGGAGUUGCCCGUGGUUGAUUACCACCAGUGCCAGGAGGCCCUGAGACACACUCGCCUGGGACGCAGCUUCACACUCCGCCAGGGCAUGCUGUGUGCUGGCGGCGAGGAAGGUCGCGACACCUGCAAGGGUGACGGUGGCGGGCCCCUGGUGUGCCCGGGUCCUGGUGGCAGGUCCCAGCUGGCGGGCCUGGUGUCCUGGGGCGUCGAGUGUGGCCGCUCCGGCCUCCCUGGCGUCUACGUCGACGUGGCUCAGUACACUCGCUGGAUCCGAACCAUAACAUCAGCGCCAUAAUUGCUCAGUAAACCACAUUCAGUUCAUUAAUAUAGAGCCCACGAGUAUUCUUCAUUUUCUGUUGAUCUAAAUGUUUAUAUUAAUUUUAUUCAAUUGUUUAAUGGGCAUAAAUUAUACACGAGUGAAUUUUUUGAUAACAGGAAAAUGUUGUGUCAA